AUGACUGAACAAUGUAUUGAAAAUGAUGAUAACGUGGAAAUAACUUUAGAGAAUACCAUUAAACAUAGAACUGUCAAUAUUCAAGAUUAUAUAACGCAAUAUAAUAAUGAUUAUUCUGUUUUACUGAUAUUAAACCAAGAGAUUGCUAUACGUGAGGCUUUUUUGAAGCUCUGGGAUUUGUACAAGAUACGAAUUUGUGCUGAUGGUGGUGCUAAUCGGUUAUACGAUUUUUUUGAAGAUGAUGAGGAAUUAAGGUUGAAACAUUUGCCAGACUAUAUUGUUGGUGACUUGGAUUCGUUAUCUGAUAACGUUAAGGAGUACUACUCUAAGAACCAUGUAGUGAUCAUCCGUCAAAGUACACAAUAUUCAACUGAUUUUAUGAAGUGUGUUCAAUUAAUAUCGUUACAUUUUAAUUCACAAACAUUCAAAACUCUUCUCAGCACUGAAACUAACGGCAUUGCAAAUAACUAUGGCAUUACUGAGUUGGAUGGGCUUCUGCGAUUACACAAAGAAAGGAAAGCUCAGAAGAAGAAGGAAACAAUUCAUAAUAUCAAUGUAUUGGCAUUAGGUGGUAUUGAUGGUAGAUUUGACCAAACCAUGCAUUCUAUAUCACAACUCUAUGUGCUAUCGAAGUCUGACAGUUACAUUAAAUUGAGUUACCUAACUCCGACUGACCUGAUUAUACUGUUGCCAUCAGGUGCAACUUUAUUGAAAUAUUCACAAGAAUUCAAAAAUGAUUGUAUAGGAAACGUUGGAUUAUUACCAAUUGGUCAGCCAGCACAAAUUAUUGAGACGAGGGGAUUGAAAUGGGAUAUCUUGAAUUGGAACACAAGCAUACCUACAGGCAAGCUCAGUAGCAGCAACAGAUUUGCGGGGUCUAAUGGAUGUUACAUCCACACUAAGGAUGAUCUCGUUUUUAACAUUGAAAUCAAUCUUAAAAAACUCAGUAAAUAUUUGUAG